GAUUAGUUUGGACCAGGAUUUAACCGUGUCACUCAACCUGUUUGACAGCUAUAGUUCGUUUGACUGGGCAUAACAAGCAAGAUCAUCAUCUGAUGAUCCAUCGACUAUUGCAUUACUCCAGGUGUAGUAUAGUUGUCGUUUGCAUUGCUAACUGCAGCCAUCUCCUCCAGGGUUGGACCUGUUUGAACAGAACGUCGGUGCACCAAGAACCGCCCGAUAAACUCGUACUUUUGAGAGGGAGCUCUUCAGCCUGCUUCAAUAUUCCUUCGCUGAUGAGCGCGUCGACGAGCCGCAAGGAAAGUAAAAGCGGUCCUGUAAAUAAUGUGAUAAACAAUCAAAUUCAGUCAAAUUCGUUUACCCGGUGGCGCAUCUUAGUUCAGAUGAUCAGUCACGCUGGACAGACCAGGGGUAUAAGGAACCCUUACUUGCUUCUAGAAAGCAAGGAAACUCAGCGAAGACAUACGACAUUUCUUAUCAGAAAGGCAUUUGGUUCGAUGGAGGUUGACAUGAUGGAAUGAUUGGUUCUACCGCAGAAAAUAGAUCAGUUGGUACAAAUGGGGUACUUGGGCGACACAGCCAGUCAUGGAACGAUGGCGGAAUAUUCAUCAAAUUAACAAAA